AUGACCUUUGACCUUCUUUUCUUGCUGUCUCGCGCAUUCAUUAAUCUUUUUGUCCAAUCUUCUCAGUUGGGCAUCUCCGGGGCUUACUACUACGCCGUCGCAGUCACCUGCCAGAUCAUCAUAUUCUCGAUCUUCGCCAUGCAGAUGCGCAUCCGAGCCCCGGGGGCGACUACGUAUCUGCAGGUGAUCCGAGCCCGUUUCGGUCCGCUGGCCCAUCUGCUCUACUGCGUGUCUGCCCUGGUCAACACUGUGAUUGUGCUGAUCAUGCUGAUGCUGGGAGGCUGCGCCAUCAUCACCAAACUGACGACUAACCUUUCCCUUGAGGUCUGCCUCGGAGUGAUUGCAUGCGCUACUUGCCUCAUCUCGCUCACCGGCGGCAUGGGCAGUGCUUUCUACGUUUCAUACCUCGUUCUCAUCUUCACCCUGGCCACCGUGGCCACCUUUGUCUUGACCAUCUUCCACGGUGACACAAAUCACCCCGGCGAUUUGGGUAAGACUGCGCUGCGUUAA